GUGGUCGGCUCGGGAGAGUAUUCAAAUCAGUGUUUGGAAUCAGUUGUUGUUCAAGAAUAUUGGAUGUAUGAUUAGUUCUAUUUUGUCUGUUGCGGAGUGUGGAAGUUAAUAUCAAGAAAUGACUACUAUUAGCCAAGAGUGCCUGAGCGAUCAUGAUCGCCAGGUACUUGAGUCGAUCUUCAAUCCAUCCCAAAUCGGAGGCGAAGAGCUGCUGUACAACGGAAAGGAAGAGUUUCCGGAGGAUUUACAAGACCUCGCAGAACCAAAUGAUCCUCGCAUUAGACUGUCAAAAAAGUUCGAGCUUGAAGCUAUUCAACUAACCGAAGAAGGAAAACUACCAGAAGCUAUCAAUCUAUUCAACCGUGCCAUUGAAACAGCUCCGGAACGACCGGCGCCGUGGAAUAACCGUGCACAAGCCUACCGAUAUAUCGGAAAUGAAAAAGCGGCUUUGGAUGAUAUUGAGCAAGCGCUGAAACUUUCCAAGCGUUCCGGAAGAACGGGCUGCAGAGCGCUUUGUCAGCGGGGUGUGCUGAGAAGGAAAAACAAGGAUACCGAUGGCGCUAGGGAGGAUUUUGAGGAAGCGGCUAAACUAGGAAGCCAAUUUGCACGAACUCAGCUCAUUGAGCUGAAUCCAUACGCGGCGCUUUGCAACCAAAUGCUGCGGGAGGUUAUGAAAUUGAAGUGAGAAAAUACUUUUAUGGUGUUAUACCGUUUUGUCUCAAAUUCCGAACACUUAAGCUUUUUUGGCCAUUAAACAGUGUCUCAUUACUCAAAAUGGUACUUUUUCGCGAAAUUAAGUUGGUUUUUGGAUAUAACAGAGCUUUUUCUUUCUUUGGGCUACCAUAAAAUUAAUUUACAAAUUCAUAUUCAUGGUGAAAAACUAAAAAGACGGGUGGGUAAUGUCGGGGACAUAACCGGAGUGACGUAGGACUAUACAAAGGGGACAACUUUUGUUAAAUAUAUAUUUUAAAUAUAUUUUUUUAUUUUCUUCUCCUACGUGAAUACCUACCUAUCCACCUGAAAAAUGGAUUAGUUUACUGUUUACUCUUUAUGAAUAUGUUGAUGAUUCUGAAAAGAA